AUGUAUCGCAAAUACCUCAUAUCCACGGAAUCUAGUAGACUGAUAAACCAAUUGAGUGGAGAUGACUGUCAGCACCCCUUACACGCCAUUCCGGGGGCAUGCAUGCGUACUGAUACGAUGGGACACCCGCGAGAAAUAAAAUUAUUUUACAUUUUCGAUGACAUCCGCGGAAAUAACAUACUAUUUGUGACGUCCGACGACUCGGUGUACGCGUUGGGCAGCAAUAGGUGGGGUCAGCUCGGGUUGGGACACAAUGCACCCAUUGAAGCACCGGUACUCAUACCGGAGUUAUGCCGUCAAAAUAUACGUCAAUUUGUCAAUGGAUUAGAUUUUGUGGUGGCAUUAGAUAAAGAUAAUAAAAAAAUAUUCUGGUUGGCUGGCAACCAAUGGGGAGAUUUAGAGCAAAGUGAUAUAUAUUUUAAACCACGUUUAAUUACUAUAAAUGAAUCCAUCGAGACCAUUUUUGAACAAAUAUGUUGCGGUGAAAAUCAUACACUAGUGUUAACCACUAAUGGACAAGUGUAUGGCUGGGGCAGUAACAAAUGCGGGCAAAUAGGGUGUGGGAGCCGGGAUAUGGAUACAAUAUCCACGCCAAUUAACAUUGAGUUUCCCAUAGGAUAUAAAAUCUUAAACAUUAUUUGCUAUGAGUUAAUAUCGAGUGCGGUCACACCGGACGGACAGGUGUUUGUGUGGGGUGCCAUAAAUGACAUCAAGAUAUAUUCACCUAAACUAUUAGAAAACAUAUGGAACGUGAUCAAGGUGUUUGUGUGGGGUGCCAUAAAUGACAUCAAGAUAUAUUCACCUAAACUAUUAGAAAAC